AUGGGGAAAAUUAAUUCAAGAAUAAGCUUCUGGGAACUUGAGCAACCUACGGCACAACUUGAGCAGCAUGAUGAACCUCCUGUAAGAAGAUCUCAAAGGGCAAGAAAAUCUGCAAUACCAACAGAUUAUACGGUUUAUUUACAGGAAGUAGAGUUUGAUAUUGGUGAUGAAGAUGAUCCUAAGUCAUUUGAUCAGGCUAUGAAGAGUGCUCAAGCUCCUUUAUGGCACAAAGCAAUGUUGGAAGAGCUAAACUCAAUGGCGAAAAAUGGUGUAUGGACCUUGACAUAUUCCACUUCUUCCAGAAAACCCAUAGGAUGCAAAUGGGUUUUUAAAACCAAAAGGGACUCACAAGGAAGAGUAGAAGGGCUAAAGGCACUACUGGUUGCUAAAGGAUUCACACAAAGAGAAGAGAACAAACUUGAUGAUUGCAUCUACCUCAAAGUCUACAAAUCCAGUUUUGAUAUGAAAUAUUUUGGUGAGGCUCAUUGUGUGUUGGGCAUUGAAAUUAUGAGAAAUAGAUCAAGAAAGCUUUUGGGGUUGUCUCAGCUCAAUUACAUCAACAAGGUACUUAAAAGAUUUAAUAUGGAGGCUUGUUCUCCUGGAGAUCUUCCUAUUGGCAAAGCUAGAGAUUUGGCUUACCUUCACGAGGAAUCAACAUUGAAGGUCGUUCAUAGAGACAUCAAGGCUACUAAUGUGCUGCUUGAUAAAAAUCUUACCCCAAAGAUAUCUGACUUUGGAUUGGCCAAGCUUGAUGAAGAGGAUAAUACACACAUUAGCACCCGUAUUGCUGGAACUUAUGGGAUGAACAACACCACUUACAGAGGAAAGGAAAAAAUCUUUUAUCUGCUCGAUUGGGCACAACUACUAAAAGGGCAAGGGAAUUUGAUGGAACUAGUGGAUCCAAGGUUGUGCUUAGACUUCAACAAAGAAGAGAUUAUGCUUACAAUCAAUGUGGCUCUCCUCUGCUGCAAUGUCACUGCAACAGUUAGGCCUACCAUGUCUUCAGUUGUGAGCAUGCUUGAAGGCAGGGCUGCUGUUCAGGAAUUGGUCUCAGAUCCAAAUGCCUCAAGUUUUGAGAUAGAAGCAAUGAGGAAGCAUUUUCAAUCCAGUUUCGGAAGGAACACCGGCAAGAGCCAGACACAAACUGCGCCAACUGAAGGGACCUGGACCGGUUCGUCUUCAUCUGCUCAUGAUCUCUAUCCAGUCAAGCCUGAUUCAACUUACUGGGACAACAGAAAAUAG